AUGAUCAAGACAGGAUGCACGCUUGAGGAUAACAAGUCAUGGGGAGCGACAGAAAGCUUCUAUUGGGCUGCUAACCCUCCAUACAACGAGGAAGAGAAAGCAAAGGACCAUACUUUCAUUAGCAUAACGAGCAAGGUUUGGCAUCAGCUAGAGAACCUCCGCUCCCGUAUCGGCUUUGGGUCGCACCCUGUCUCGACCGAUCUUUUGCCGUAA